AUGCUGUCCAAAGCGAAAUCUGGAAUGAUUCCCGAGGCUAUUACUUUUGCAAUCUCUAAGAAAGUACCGAAUUUAGAAAUUUAUGGCCGUAUGGGGUUCAAAUUUGCGAAGGAAAUGGAGUGUCAUGAUGGGGAGGAUGUUUGCAAGCUUUAUUGUAUGACUCGCGAACCAAAAUACCCAAGCAAAACAAUGCCGUUCAAAGAUUGUUAG